CAGACCGAGCUGAGUCGGCACUGUGGGAUCGGAGGUGUCUCAUGUCUCGGACGAAAUACAGCAGUCUGUAAGCUUACUGAUCCGGAAGAGUAAUCGGGAAGAGCUGAACGGAGUCUUAGCUGUGAGUGUGUGUGAGUGUUGCACUAGGUCGAUCCCGCUAUGGAUCAGAGAGACUCGGCCCCGGAGUGCUGGGAGGAGGACGACGUGGAGGCCCAGGCCGAAGCCGAUCUGCAGUCCGCCUUCACCGGCCUCAACGUUAACGCUCCGGAGUUCGUACCGUCCUUCAUACAGCAAGCAGCCCCGCACAGCACCGCGUCUCCCGGUGCAGACACAGUUACAAACAUGGAGAUCUCAGAACCAACAGCUGCUGUGGAAAAUGGAGAGACGGAUGCUACCACAGCGGACACAUGGGAGGAAAAAAGCGAGCCUGUUGAUUCAGAGGCAGGAGGUGGUGUCAUGGAGGAGAGUGGGGCCCUUAGGGAUGAAGCCCAAGAUGAGUUGAUGGAGGAAGAUGAGGAAAUGCCCACGCCUAAACUGCCCCCUCCUCCCCCAGAUGCUCCAAAGAAAGAACAUGUUAAUGUGGUAUUCAUCGGACAUGUGGAUGCUGGCAAGUCAACAAUUGGCGGACAAAUCAUGUAUUUAACUGGUAUGGUAGACAAAAGAACACUGGAGAAAUAUGAGAGGGAAGCUAAAGAAAAGAACAGAGAAACAUGGUAUCUUUCCUGGGCUUUAGAUACAAACCAAGAAGAGAGAGACAAAGGAAAAACUGUAGAAGUAGGAAGAGCGUACUUUGAGACAGAGAAAAAACACUUUACCAUUCUGGACGCCCCUGGACAUAAGAGCUUUGUACCCAAUAUGAUCGGUGGAGCCUCACAGGCUGACCUGGCUGUACUGGUUAUCUCAGCUAGAAAGGGUGAGUUUGAGACCGGCUUUGAAAAAGGAGGUCAGACUCGUGAGCAUGCCAUGCUCGCCAAAACCGCUGGAGUCAAACAUCUCAUUGUCCUAAUCAACAAAAUGGAUGAUCCCACUGUAAACUGGAGCUUGGACAGGUAUGAGGAAUGUAAGGAGAAAUUAGUGCCAUUUCUGAAGAAGGUAGGCUUCAAUCCAAAAAAAGACAUCCAUUUCAUGCCCUGCUCUGGAUUAACAGGAGCCAAUUUGAAGGAAUCGUCCGAAAUGUGCCCUUGGUAUACGGGGUUACCGUUUAUUCAACAUCUGGACAGCUUGCCAAGUUUCAACAGAUCAAGUGAUGGUCCCAUCAGAUUGCCCAUUGUAGAUAAAUACAGGGACAUGGGCACUGUGGUCCUUGGAAAACUAGAAUCAGGGAGUAUCAGCAAAGCACAACAGCUCAUCAUGAUGCCAAACAGACACACUGUGGAGGUGCUGAGCCUGCUGUCUGAUGAUGUCGAGACGGACGAUGCAGAACCUGGAGAGAACCUGAAGCUGCGGCUCAAAGGCAUAGAAGAGGAGGAGAUCCUGCCUGGCUUCAUCCUAUGCAAUGCUGAGAACCUCUGCCACUCUGGGCGCACGUUCGACGCACAGAUUGUCAUAAUCGAACACAAAUCAAUUAUAUGUCCAGGUUACAAUGCAGUCCUACACAUCCAUACCUGCAUAGAGGAAGUGCAGAUAACAGCCUUAAUUUGUCUGGUGGACAAGAAGACAGGGGAGAAGAGCAAGACACGUCCACGCUUUGUGAAACAAGACCAAGUAUGCAUUGCUCGUCUCAAAACUGCUGGGACAAUCUGCUUAGAAACGUUCAAAGAUUUUCCCCAGAUGGGUCGGUUCACGCUGAGGGAUGAGGGCAAAACUAUUGCUAUUGGCAAGGUGUUGAAGUUGGUACCAGAGAAGGACUAAUUCUGGGCAGAAGCACUGAUCUACUGCACUUUGGAUUCAGAGAGAAGAUGCAGCAGCCUGCCAACUGGAUUCCUCCAAUCCUCUCUGUUCUUUUACUGCAGACAAUGCUAAGAGAAAUGCAUUUUUUUAAGAAAAAGAAUACGCAAAAAAGGACAAUAUUAAAUUAACAGUAUGUUUUAAAAAGAACAUUAUAGAAAAAGCUCAGUGUGACAGCUUUCUCAUAUUGAGAGCUCAGCUAUGCCACUCAUGUAGCCCAUAUUUUAAAGCCAACCCAUUUCCACUGGCUUACAUUCAAUGAUGAAACAGAUGCAAUCUUGCGAUUUCUUGGUGUUUUAAGGAUUUAAACACCGCCUUCAAGGAUUUAAGCUAUCCCUAUGGUAAAUUUGCUUUAAUAGUCUCAAACUAAUCUGUUCUGGCCUAAUCGUAAAUAAGCACACAACGGUGAUCUAAUGAAAGUACAUCUGCUGAAAAGUUGGUAAAAGAUGCAUAAUACCAAUUUUGUGUCGUAUUUGGUGAUGUUACAAUCCCGCUGCAUGGUAAUGAAGAGAGUAAAUAAUACAUAAUGAUACCGUUGGUUUUGCACAUGUUUGACUCUUCAGUGCUGUAAUGUGCAGUUUGAAGAGCAGCUCAUUUCAUACACUGCCAUGAUGAGCUCAGUCUUUGUACCAGCUUGUAAUUUAUGACUUGGAGUCUUUGUCCACCACAAAGCCAUUUACCAGAUGUGUAUUUUUGUGAGGAGAUCAUGCCUGGCGCCAAAAGACUAAAACUGCCAGUGUAAGAAAGUAAAGGAUAUCAGAAUGGUCACUGGAGUCAAAUGUUAUAGACGAUGGAAUUGUCUCUGGGUCACUGUGUGGGAAGUUCAUUUUACAUCAAAUAGUCUGCAUGGAAAUGAGGUUUGCAUCUGUUAUCAGUCUGCAUUAUUGUUUUAGGUGCUUUUAGGUUCAGACUGAUUUAAUGACAGGGGAGCUUUUCAUAGUUGUGUUAAAGCAAGUCAAGUCAGAUCUGUCAUUGCACAUGUAAUAUUUUUUUAAAUCAGACUUUUUAGUCUAUUUCCAAAAUAAGUAAAGCUGCACUUUAAACUGCACCCACAUGUGUUCUUAGAAAAAAAAAAAAACUAAAUCACACUAAUGAUUUAGCUAAAAAAUGUUACCGCCAGUGUCCCCACCCCCAAUGUUCAAUUCAUGGCUAUGGCCUUGCACAGAAAUACAACAAAAAUAAAAAGAACCAAUUAUAUUGUUUAUCACAUUUACUCGACAUCAGAUUUCCAUUUUUACACAUUUUUGUUGUGAACAUUAACCUUCUUCCAUAAUAAAAUGCUGAAUUAAUCCUCCCA